AUGCACAUCCCCACCACCCUCCUCCUCGCCCUCCUCGCAACGCUCACUUCCUCGCACGCCCUCCCCCAAACGCCCUCCCCAUCAACAUCCCCGCAAUGCACAAUCGGCGGCUGCAACCGCGAACUCUGCUCCAAGACCUCCUCCUCCGAUGAUGAUGGGGGCUUAUUCAGCCCCUGCAUCUACAAACCCGAAUUCGCAUGCUACGCGAACGCCGCAUGCGUGUAUGAUGUCGCGGGCGACGAGUGCAUCUGGGACGAGAGCCGCGGGUUGCGGCGGUGUAUUGACUCGGCCCGGGGGGAGGGUGUCUCGUCGACAAUGGGCGCAUCUACGACUGCGGGCACGGAAACCGCCACAGCGGCCCACGCGGCCACGACACUGGCAGCAACCCCCCCGCCCCGGUGUCGCCGCGCAGGCUGCAACGCCGAGUUCUGCAUCCCCGCCACAGCGCCCGACGUGCGGUCGACGUGUGUCUGGCGCCCCGUGUUUGCGUGUUACAAGUUCACCGAGUGUGGGUGGGAUGAGGGGAGCGGGAGGUGUGUAUUUGAGGAGAAUAGGAGGUUGAGGAUGUGUUUGAGGGCUGCGAAGGGCGACGGGGGUUUGGAUGGGAGUGCGUCUUCUUUGUGA